AGAAGAAUAAGGUGGCAUAUAAAGAGGGAACAACUCCAAGUGUAACAGCUGAAGUCUAUUGACAUACUAUUGCAACAGUGAAGACAUGAGUGAUCUAAAACCAUGCAGAAUAAAAAUUGAAGAUACUGAGGAACAAAUAGACCUGAUGGAGGUGAAAGAGGAAAGUCAAGAACUAAAUGGCAUAGAUCAGAAUCACCAUCAGCAUCCUAAAUCUAAUAAUUCAAUAACUGAUGAAGAAUCUAAUAUUUGCUUCAAGAGUGAAAGACUUUUCUCUCAAAAACGCACUCAAAGAACAAGAGCCAAAUAUUCUUUCAUCUGCCCUCACUGUGGACAGAGUUUCACACAAGAAGGAAACCUUAAGAGGCACAUAAGAAUUCACACUGUGGAACAGCUUUUCACCCGACCUCAGUGUGGAAAGAGAUUCACAAAAAAAGGAGAGCUACAGAGGCACCUGAGAAAUCACACUAGAGUGAAGCCCUUUACAUGCCUUCAAAGUGGAAAUAGUUUCACAGUAAAGAAAACCCUUCAGGGUCAUAUGCAAAUUCACACUGCAGAGAAGCCUUUCACAUGCACUCAGUGUGGAAAGAGUUUUAAACAAAAUGGAAGCCUUAAGGAACACAUUAGAAUUCACACUGGAGAGAAGGCCUUUCACUUGCCCUCAGUGUGGAAAGAGUUUCACAAAACAAGCAAAUCUAAAGAGGCACCUGAGAAUUCACACUGGAGAGAAGGCCUUUCACAUGCCCUCAGUGUGGAAUGAGUUUCACAGAAGCAGGAGAUCUAAAGAGGCACCUGAGAAUUCACACUGGAGUGAAGCCUUUCACAUGCACUCAGUGUGGAAAGAGUUUCACACAAGCAGGACACCUUAAGAAACACAUGAGAAUUCACACUGUGGAACAGCUUUUCACCUACCCUCAGUGUGGAAAGAGAUUCACAAAACAAGCAAAUCUAAAGAGGCACCUGAGAAUUCACACUGGAGAGAAGCCUUUCACAUGCACUCAGUGUGGAAAGAGUUUCACUCAAGAAGGAAAUUUUAAGAAACACAUGAGAAUUCACACUGUGGAACAGCUUUUCACACACCCUCAGUGUGGAAAGAGAUUCACAAACAAAGGAGAGCUACAGAGGCACCUGAGAAAUCACACUAGAGUGAAGCCCUUUACAUGCACUCAGUGUGAAAAGAGUUUCACAAAAAAAUCAGAUCUAAAUAGACACCUGAGAAUUCACACUGGAGAGAAGCCUUUCACAUGCACUCAGUGUGGAAAGAGUUUCUCACAAAAAGGAGAUCUAAAGAGGCACGUGAGAAUUCACACUGGAGAGAAGCCUUUCACAUGCACUCAGUGUGGAAAGAGUUUCAUACAAGAGGGAAACCUUAAGAUUCACCGGACAAUUCACACCAUGGAUCAGCUUUACACCUGCCUUCAGUGUGGAAAGAGAUUCACAAAAAAAGGAGAGCUACAGAGGCACCUGAGAAAUCACGCUAGAGUAAAGCCCUUUACAUGCACUCAGUGUGGAAAGAGUUUCACAAAAAAAUCAGAUCUAAAGAGGCACCUGAGAAUUCACACUGGAGAGAAGCCUUUCACAUGCCCUCAGUGUGGAAAGAGUUUCUCACAAAAAGGAGAUCUAAAGAGGCACGUGAGAAUUCACACUGGAGAGAAGCCUUUCACAUGCGCUCAGUGUGGAAAGAGUUUCACACAAGAGGGAAACCUUAAGAUUCACCGGAUAAUUCACACCAUGGAUCAGCUUUUCAGCUGCCUUCAGUGUGGAAAGAGAUUCACAAAAAAAGGAGAGCUACAGAGGCACCUGAGAAAUCACACUAGAGUGAAGCCCUUUACAUGCACUCAGUGUGGAAAGAGUUUCACAAAAAAAUCAGAUCUAAAGAGGCACCUGAGAAUUCACACUGGAGAGAAGCCUUUCACAUGCCCUCAGUGUGGAAAGAGUUUCUCACAAAAAGGAGAUCUAAAGAGGCACGUGAGAAUUCACACUGGAGAGAAGCCUUUCACAUGCAUUCAGUGUGGAAAGAGUUUCACACAAGAGGGAAACCUUAGGAGUCACCUGACAGUUCACACCAUGGAUCAGCUUUUCACCUGCCUUCAGUGUGGAAAGAGUUUUACUCAAAAAGGAAGCCUUAAGGAACACAUGAGAAUUCACACUGGAGAGAAGCCUUCACAUGCCCUCAGUGUGGAAAGAGUUUCACAAAAAAGGCAGAUCUAAAGAGGUACCUGAGAAUUCACUCUGGAGAGAAGCCUUUCACAUGCCCUCAGUGUGGAAAGAGUUUCACAAAAAAGGCAGAUCUAAAGAGGUACCUGAGAAUUCACUCUGGAGAGAAGCCUUUCACAUGCACUCAGUGUGGAAAGAGUUUCACACAAGAAGGAAGUCUUAAGAAAUAAUUCACACUGUGGAACAGCUUUUUACCUGCCACAGUGAAGAAAACCCUUCAGGAUCACACAAAAAUCCACACUGAAGAGAAACUUUACAAGUGUUCACAUUGUGAAAAGUGUUUCUUAAUGUCAGGAAACCUGAGAACCAAUGAGACUGUGCAUACUGGAGAGAAGCCAUACCACUGCACUUCAUGUGGAAAGAGUUUCACUGAAUCAAGUAUAAUCUACUGACUCAUCUUAGAAAGUGUUGCCCAAAGUUGUCAUACUGAGCAAAGAUCAUUUUCAGGGUAGACUCUUUCAAGUAAACUGUGUGAAAUUUAGAUAAUCACAAAGAUGAAAUUUCAUGAUCAGAAACUUCAUUAUAACUGGCAAUAGCAGCACAAAUGGAGACUGCACCAGUUUGAUCUUACAGCUCUGAGCCCAGCCUAGUGUAAUCAAACCAGUUUGAUCGUGCAUGUGUUUUCAAUUGCCAAAAUCCCACACCCAACAAAAAGUGAUAAAGGUGCUGGAGACUGUUACUGCAUGCAUUUCUUUGGAAAUUUUAUUUGAACGAGAAAGAUAUGAGUUUAGCUGGACACAAGACAUUGUCCAUAAUUCAUGGCAGUCUAGACUUUAAACCCAUUCAUUCUAAAUUGUACUUGCCUUUAUGAAAGUUUACCAUUGUUCUUCUAUUGUUUAAGAGUGGCAUUUCUAAUAAUAAGGCCAAAACCACUGGUAAGACCAUGGUUGCAGUCUUUCUAAAAAAAUAAACUGCAGUAUUUUUUAAAUGAAUAGCCUUGUGACGGGAAGGAGAGCAUGGCUGUGCCAAGAGAAUGCACGCCCAGCGCUGAGUUGCCCAAUCAGCGGGAGAGAGAUAAAAGGAUGAACCGGAUUAACAAUCACAAGACUUUUAUUAAAACACUGACAAAGACUUUAAACAUAAACAAUAACGCACACACACGUCAGAUUUUCCCUCGCAUUAUUCUCUUAUCGCGAUUCAACUGCGUGCAUUUUCCCCCGUGCAUCUGCUUUCUAUUUGUAUCGCGAUUAAACUGCAUGCAUUUCACAGCGUGCACCCAUUUUCUCCUCUGUGUUACACGGAUUAUUGCAUUGAUCUCAAAGCACCGCUUAUAAAGAACAACUAUAAUAAGAAACAAUUGCAUGAGGGAUCAUUGCUUCCUGCACAUGCCACAUGUUUACUAUAGCUUCUUCCGUCAGCAGUGAGGCAUUCACAUGUGAUAAAUGUAAGGAAUUAGUCAGGCCGACAGAGAAGGUUAAUGAGUUAGAGACCCGCAUCUGAACGCUAGUGGAGGUCAGUGUGAAAGAGAAGCCGGUAGAUACUGUUUCGGAUGCGGGUAAUACAAUGAGCAACACACACACUUUGGUUCUGGCUGUAGAGCCCCCGCAGCAGGGCGAUUGGGUGAGUCACGGCGACAUAUUCGCUCAGCAAAGCGACACCACUCUCCCAUUCCUGUUAGGGUUUCCAAUCGAUUCUCCCCACUCAGUGAUGCACCCACUGAGAAUCAUGUUGAAAGAGCCUUGAUAAUUGGUGAUUCUGUUGUAAGGAACAUGGAAAUAGAGACUCCAGCCACCAUCGUUAAAUGCAUUUCAUGUGCCAGAGCAUCUGACAUCAGAUCAAAUUUAC